AUGGUUCGCCCCUACGCCGCCAAAUGGCUCAAGAAGAGGCGGAAGAGAGAUCCCUCGGCCGCUGCGUCCGACGCUGAAGACGGGAAGGGUGGAAAUGGAGAAGAUGCCGAAGACCAGACGGAAGAGGAGGUCGAAGAGAAGAAGAGGAAGAAGAAGCAGGAGGGAGAGCGAGGAGCGGGCGUUGUGGCCGAGGGGAGAGAGGAGGAGAGCCCUAAUGGGUCCCUCCCUGCUCAUGUCCUUCCCGGGCUUCCUCUUGAGAAGACCCCCGACGAGGAAGCGAAGCCAGGGGUCAUAUUCAUUCUGGAGAAGGCCUCCCUAAAUGUCGGGAAAGUAGGAAAGGUGCUCACAAUUUCGACUCUCUAUUUGUAUUGAUGUCAAACUCGCCAGAUUUCCCCCCGCGAUGCCGUUGCUUGAUGCUCAGGAUUUAGGGGUUUUUUCCUGCAUGGUUCUUCCGCUGGUGAAAUUUGAUUAUGUGACAUCGCUCAUAAACCCUGAAUUCGGAGCGUCUCUUGCUCGUCGCAGAAAGAAAAUAUUCUGAACGCGGAUGACCACGCCAAUUACUUGAGGAAGCAGUGCAGAGAUCCCGCUGAAUUUCGGCCUGAUAUAUUGCACCAGGUUUGUUUGUUGAUUAUUUUGCUUGGCGAGUACGUCUCCAGACGCAGUCGCUUCAAGGUUGUGACUAGAUUGUCUUCCUGGGCUUGAUUUGGUCGUUGACUUUUGUUGCCUAUGCGACCCUUUUUACAGGCGAUGCUUGCCAUAUUGGAUAGUCCUCUCAACAAGGCCGGAAGGUUGCAAGGCCUGUACGUGAAGUCUGACGAUGGGGAGCUCAUCGACGUCAAGCCCCAUGUCCGCCUGCCACGAACAUUCAAGCGGUUUUGCGGCCUCAUGUGUAAGUCAAACCACAGCCGGCAGGAUCAUAUCUUGUAGAGAUUGAUGCAUCUUCUUCUUUCUUAUUCAUCUAGUCUUUCUGUGCAUAAUAAUCUCAUCCGAAUUCUGUGGUUGCAGAUCAGUUGAAGUGUAAGAAGAACAUACACGCAACUGGUAAUCGGGAGAAACUCUUUCGGAUGAUCAAGAACCCGGUCACUCAGCAUCUACCCGUCAAUUCCAGGAAAAUAGGUGAGAUGAUGUGGUCAACGCCGUUCUAAGCCAGGUGGGGCUUGAGAAGCCUAGACCCACCAACCUAUCCCCUCUCUGAGCCAGACUGAGUCGGGCCUGUUUUCUCUUUCUGGGCUUGCUCUUCUCAUCUGUGCCUGGAAAACUUGGGCUGGACUUCUUGGCUUGGCCUCCUGCGGCAAUCUCGCGGAAAACAUAGCUAAUGCCAGGUGCUCUGUUGCCAAUGCAGGUUUUUCUUAUAGCUCGGACAAAUUAGUGCAUCUAAGGGACUAUGUCGCUGCAGUGGGCGAUGAUGCUACCCUUGUCUUUGUGGUAUGUUGAGAUUUGAACUAUAGUGUUUAUCUUUAUUCCAUCUGGUUUUAUUUGGUUGUAUGUCUGAUUCCGCUCAUUUUGAGAUUCUGACUACAGUUUAUAUAUCUUUGUUCCACAAGAUAUUAUCCGAAGAUAUCUCUGAUUUUGUUCAUGUUAACUUUCUGACUCUACUCAUGUGGUAUUAACGGGCUGCAUCUCUGAUUCGGCCAACGUUGAGAUUCUGGCUACAGUAUAUAUAUACAUAUAUAUAUAUCGUUAUUUUAUAUGUAUAUUAUUGGGCUAGGUCUCUGAUUUGGCUGAGUCCUAUGAUACAUCACCAGGUUGGAGCUAUGGCCCAUGGGAAAAUUGAUGCGGAUUACACGGAUGACUGUAUAUCAGGUGAUUUGCAUCCAAGUCAACCCACCACGUUCUUCUUUUUUUCUUGAUAAAUUCUGUUUAUCAGGAAAAAAAACCAUGUUCAUGUAAGAACUUCCUCUGGCAUAGAGGUUUAUUUUCCUAACAUGGAAUGCUUGGUUAAUCUGGCGUGGGCUACCACGUUCUCCUCCUUAUAGAGUUUUUUUUUUUUUUGGCUACUUUUAGUGAAAAAAUCGGCAAGUUUCUAAUUUAUCUUGAUAUAAAAAAAAUUCACUUUCUAUCUAAUUUUCCGAGCUCUAUUUUUCGGUCAUGUGGAAUAAGAAAUCAAUCGUGCUGGCAUAUUGAAAGGAUCAAGCCAAUCCUUCUUCCUAUGAAAGUUUGUUCGUUUACUCUUACCAAGAAAAAAUCAAUGGGAGUCUAUUUUAUAUUGUUAUGAAAAAAAUAUUUAAUGUUUCUUUUGACUUGAUGCUCCAGUUUUUGAUGGAAUCUGGUGAGAUGCUGAGAUAAUCUAUCCUUUAUAAAUUCUUUUAUCUGGUAUCUUUCUUGUGAGAAAAUAUUGAUGAACAUGUAAUUUAUUUUGUUAUAAAAAGCAUUUAGAGCACCUUUUGACUCAAUUUUGAUUGGAUUCUUUGAGAUUCAAGCAUGACCCAUUUUAGCAAGAAAAUAUUGACGAUCAUAUAGUUUUUUGGAAUAUAUAUAUAUAUUCAGACCGUUUUUGGCUUAGAUCCAGUGAGUUCCUGGCCUCAUCUAUCUCCAUCCCUGCUGCAGUCUCAAACUACCCGCUGAGUGCUGCAUGCUGCAUAGCCCGGAUCUGUAAUGUGCUGGAGCAGAGGUGGAACAUCCUAUGA